AAGAUUCCACCUUCAAGCAUGGCCUCGGUGGCAGCGUGGCUGCCGUUCGCCCGCGCGGCGGCGAUCGGCUGGGUGCCGAUCGCCGCACACCCACUGCCACCGCCGCCGAUCCCGAAGGACCGGCGCAAGGCCGACGACGAGAAGCUGCUGAUCAACGUGAGCGGCCGUCGCUUCGAGACGUGGCGCAACACCCUGGAGAAGUAUCCGGACACGUUGCUCGGCUCGAACGAGCGCGAGUUCUUCUACGACGAAGAGAGCAAGGAGUACUUCUUCGACCGGGACCCGGACAUCUUCCGGCACAUUCUCAAUUAUUAUAGGACCGGUAAGCUGCACUAUCCGAAGCACGAGUGCCUGACGAGCUACGACGAGGAGCUGGCGUUCUUCGGCAUCCUGCCGGACGUGAUCGGUGACUGUUGCUACGAGGAUUACCGGGACCGCAAGCGCGAGAACGCCGAGCGGCUGAUGGACGACAAGCUGAGCGAGAACGGCGACCAGACGCUCCAGCAGCUGCUCGACAUCCGGCAGAAGAUGUGGCGGGCCUUCCAGAAUCCGCACAUCUCCACCGCCGCGCUGGUAUUCUACUACGUGACCGGCUUUUUCAUCGCCGUGAGCGUGCUGGCGAACGUGGUGGAGACUGUGCCGUGCGGUAACCGUCCGGGACGCGCCGGCACCCUCUCGUGCGGCGAGCGCUACAAGAUCGUGUUCUUCUGCCUCGACACCGCGUGUGUGAUGAUAUUCACCGCCGAGUACCUGCUGAGGCUGUUCGCCGCGCCCAGCCGGUGCAAGUUCGCGCGCUCCGUGAUGUCGAUUAUCGACGUGGUCGCGAUACUGCCGUACUACAUCGGGCUCGGGAUCACCGACAACGACGACGUGUCGGGCGCGUUCGUGACGCUGCGCGUGUUCCGCGUGUUCCGCAUCUUCAAGUUCUCGCGGCACUCGCAGGGACUGCGGAUCCUGGGCUACACCCUCAAGUCCUGCGCCUCCGAGCUGGGUUUCCUCGUGUUCUCGCUCGCGAUGGCCAUCAUCAUCUUUGCCACCGUCAUGUUCUACGCGGAGAAGAACGUCGACGAAACCAACUUCACCUCGAUACCUGCCGCCUUCUGGUACACCAUCGUCACGAUGACCACGCUGGGCUACGGUGACAUGGUUCCGAAAACGAUCGCGGGAAAAAUCGUCGGGGGUGUAUGCUCCUUGAGCGGUGUCCUAGUGAUCGCUUUACCGGUACCUGUAAUCGUCAGUAAUUUCAGCAGAAUAUAUCAUCAAAACCAACGUGCCGACAAGCGGAAGGCGCAGAGGAAAGCCAGAUUGGCGCGUAUCAGGAUCGCGAAGGCGUCGAGCGGCGCCGCCUUCGUGAGCAAAAAGAAAGCAGCGGAGGCGCGUUUGGCCGCUCAGCAGAGCGGACUGCAGCUGGAGGACUACAAGGAGGAGGAUAUCUUCGAGUUGCAGCAUCAUCACCUACUUCGCUGCUUGGAGAAGACUACGGACCGCGAGUUCGUGGAGAUGGAAGUGCCGUACAACGGCGCCCCGAAGAGGCCGGGCUCGCCGUCACCCCUGACCUCCCCCGCGCACAGCACUGCCUCCAGGGGCGGCCUGCUGCACUCCUGCUGCGGGCGCUGCUACCCCCAACGUUACCAGAGCCUGUCCUAUCAACUAACUUCGAACGAGAGCAAGGACAGAGUGGUGCUCAUAUACGGCGACCGUAUACAGGUGCGAAAAAAGGACCUAAAGAAGCGCGGUUCCCACACCUGCGACAUGCAGGUCCUACAGCCACUUCCGGUCCCCACCAACACCGCCAACACCGCGCCCGCCAUGACUACUUCCGGUGGGCAGCCACCGCUCCCGGUAUCGGAGACCGCUUGAACCGUUUACGACGAUCACGAGAAUACCUAUCACGAUCGUCCGUGUGCGCGAUGCGCCGCCACGCAUUACCACACCACCACCACUCACCUAUAAAAAAACAAAAAAAAAAUAAAAAUAUUCACCGCCGUCCUCCUCCACAACCUGCCUGCUCGCUGAACCCGAUGAACGAACCACGGCCGGCCACGGUCGAAGCAACGUAAUAAAACCAAGCCGUGAUCGCAUCGACGCCACGCGAGAUGGGGGAUCGUCGUCAAGUUCAACGGCGUCGUGUAUCCGCCGAUCUCUCGGGCUCGGAUCGAUUCGCCGCCCGGAGGGACGAAUAGCGAUCGUUCGUUUCCUCGACAGGGAUCUCGACGACGGGAUCAACGACGAGGGAAACGGUCUCUCUCGCGAGACCCAAGCGUCGCCUGGCCGAUACAACGGGAUCGAUCGUUAUCCUCGAGAAGAGCGCGAGGAUCGACGGCUCACCCUCUGUGAUCGCAAUUCCGUCAGGAAUUUGCGCCAAUUCGCGGAUUUCCGUUCGACAGAAAGGCCGUCACAUUCUCGCAACGUCCUCGUUGUUGCGGCACUUCGUACACGCGCUCGGUCGCACGCUGGAUCGAUCUCCGUUGGAAGAGGAAAGAGAGAAGGAAAAGGAAUGAGAGAGAGAGAGAGAGAGGGGUAGCGUCAAGUCUUUCCUGCGGGAAGUCGUCGUCGGCGGCUUCAAUUGUUUGCCGCGCCGGCCGGCGGCAGCGAUUAAUCGAGUUAAUCGGUUAAAUCGCGCCGGCGACGUAGACGAGUUUGCGAGAGAGAUGGGCGACCCAGGUGUGGCUGAGUGAUUGCAAUUAGGAUCGCGGAAUUAUACGGGAUUUGUCCUGCGUGCGCGGGAUCGAGUUCUCGAGGGUCCUUUCGCCGCGCGCCGCGCUUACUACUCGCGUCAGGCCGUCCCUUGAAUAAUGUUCUUUCGAUUCUUUUUUCUCCGACUUCGGAGGAAGAGAGAGAGAGAGAGAGAGAGAGUAUGAACGGAGAACGCGUUUUGUUUCACACACGGACAUACACACACACGCACACACACACACAUACAGCGAUUGUUUGAACGGAUUCAAAGGGUUCAUUAAUCACGGCGGGAAUUAGUAGUUUACUCUUUAGUCGCGCGCCUCAACGGCCGCGUUUUACGCGCCAGCUUCGCGCUUCUUGACGCUUACGAUACAAUACGCGACAGUUACGAAUCCGUGGAUGGAUAAUCGUUCCGUUAACCCGCCGGAAUUCUCACGCGCCGAAUGCUAUUUUUAUACCACGCGACGACGUGCGCAACCGACGUCGUCGCACACUCAGCGGUAAACGGAGGCGCAAAAUACGGAGUCCAUUUUUUCCUUCUUUCUUUCUUUCCUUUCUCUUGUUCAAGAGUUCGCAUCAUCAUCGAGAGUUUCCGCCGGGGAAUGAAAACUGUCCGUGAUCUGGACUACCGUAGGAUCGAAGAACGCUCCUCUUGGAGAGCGAAACUCUCGAGUGCCUAUCCAGUCUCGGCGAAUUAAUACAUGAAAAUUCGAUGGUGUUUAAUACGUAUUUUAUAUAUAUAUAUAUAUAUAUAUAUAUAUAUAUAUAUAAUAUGUAUAUGUAUAAUGUACGCAGCUACACGAAACUGUAUACGUAUAUAAAUGUGCUCUGAUCGUUAAGCAAUUACAUACCGAUCUGAUAAUUUUCAGCAUGCUUUGUUGUGUAACUGCUUCCCAGUGAAACUCGAGCGCUCUCGACUGAAAUUACACGAUACGUAAUCGAAUGUUUAUUCGCGCACGUUGCAUCUGAAUCUCGCUUUUUAUCCCACUUGUGUGGGCGACGUUUAUCAGUAUUGCUAUUUUUAAAUGUCGUUACAAAAUAGGGAGACGGUCUUGUAAAAUGUGGUACCUUCGUCAUUUUACGAAUUAUCAGAUUUCUAUUUUAGGGAAAAUUGACGCAUCCAAUACAUGCAAACAUUCACUUCUGUGAGAAUAUUUUCGAUAGUUGUUGUUCAUUUGACAAAUCGACAGAAUCGUCGUACGGGAAGUACCGAGGACAGUACGAAGUCCGGAGAAAGAGAGACGGAACAUAUCAAAUGCAAAUACAAAGCCAGGGACAUUAAUGAUAAAGAGCUGUACGCGAAUAUCAUGAUUUAGACUCGAAGGAGACUGCGUUCAAAUAAUUAGUGCGAAGGACGAUAAGGGACGAAGCUUACGGAGCGAAGGAAGACGGCACGGUGAAUUUCACAUUUUGCUGCGAUAAGCUCGCGAUCUGUAUUCCCCUUUGUUACCGAUUACGACGCUAAAUUGUACAACCCGAGGACACAACAAACGCGUGCGAUAUUCCACUUUUAAAUUUUAUCUCACGAAAUAUUUAUUUGUCUACCAUUUUUCCGUUCUCAAAUUAUCGUGCGGCCGAUUCUUUCGUUCUGGUGGAGUUCGCGCAUUUAGAAUUCCCAAAUAAAUCCUUUAUUCGAGAUAUCGCUGACACAUGCAUGAUAUUCUGGUAAAUUCGAGAAUACACAUAUACUUCGUCCGAAAUGUUUAAAAUUAAUUCGACGAUAUCGACGGAGUUAUCGAAAUAUUAUCAAACAACAAAUUAUCCCGAUUCUUCGUGCGUUACGUCGCUCAGAGAUCAACAUGGAGAGCGCGAGCAUUAUUUGCAAGACGGCUUGGCGCGACGUGAGUCGGAAGAGGCGCGAGUUACGCGAGCGAACGUAUAAAAAAAAAAGAGAGAAACAAAUAAUAAAAAAAAAGAAAUGGAGGUAGGGACCUAUGUACCUUUGUACUCUAACUUAAGAUGAUGCCCUCGUUCUUUCAAAGCCUCGCGGCCGACGUCAGUCGCGAUCGCGAGGACUCUUAGGCGGUAAUUAAUUAAAUCGAAAUAUCGUUCGAUCGUUUAUUAUUAACGGCGUUAUCGUUAUCGUUGCUCGUUGGUCGUGGUGAUCGAUCGUCCGCUUUCUCGGGCUCCUCGCGACUCGGAGAUUCUCUUUGAGCGGCACGACAAUUUCGUUGGAAACAAGGGGAGUAUCCUUUGUCCAUUACGCUCCGCGUUUCUUCCGAGGCGAUCGCGACUGCAAAGAGCAUCUUGUAUAUCGAGAGAUACUUUGUGUAUCGAGAAGAUCACGAUACGUCGGAUGGAGGAAAGAAGAGAUAUCUGAAAUGUUAUUAAUAACUUCGUGAAAGCCUUCGAAAAACAACUUUAAUUUAGUAUACGUAGCCACCAGAAAUUUCCAUAGUCUUCCGUUCUGCCUCUUGCAGUGCGACAUUGAUAUAUAAAUUAAUAGAAAAAAAAAUAUAUACAUAUAUAUGUAUUAAAUUGAAAAAGUUUCUCAAGGCAUUUCGAGAAAACCUACGAUGCGUCCGUUUAUUAAAUUCGGCGUCAUUGGCAAAAUAAACUCGUUAUGAGGCAUCAAAGCGCGUCGUGUUAAUUAGACUACUUAUGAUCGGGAUACUCGAGGUUACACGACGCUGCCACAUAUCGCGGACAAUCGACCGACACGACCGGAUGCGCAGCCGGAGCAAGAACGAAGGUGGGAGUGAAAAGGGAGAUUGGCUGUUGUUGGGCGUGCAACGGAAUUUGUCUAACGACGAUAACGCAAUGUGCAAUGUAAAUAUCCGCGAAGUCCGGGAAGGAGGAGGGGUAGGAUUAGAGAAGAGGUGAAGAUGCACACACAUAACACUGUUGUGUCUGUAAUAAAGAAAACCUUUGCAAUUGACGGCGUGACUCGACCGUUGAACGGAAGAUUAACGCGCGGAGAGAAAGAGAGAGUAUAUAAAUAUGUAUAGAAAGAUUAUAUUAUAUUACAAAUGCAAAUAUGCGAGGAAAAAAGAGGGAGAAAUAUAUUAUAUAUACGUAUUACAGGGAGGACAUGUACACACGAGAUACACAAACACACGUAUACGAUACAUGGACGUGAAGAGUUCACUCACAGAUAACAUGCUCACACAGUUAUACAAUCACACACACACACACACAACAUAUACACACAUUUAUUUGCAGCACCCUCGCGUCGCGCAAUAAAAUAAAUUCUAAAUCGUUCCGAACUAGAAUGCGUGCCUGAGUGCGUGAAAAGCCGUAUGAAAGAGAAAAAUAGAAAGAGAAAGAUAUAUAUAUAUAGAUAUAUAUUAAAUGAUUAUAUACGUACAAGUGAAAAGAGCGCCGAAUUAUAUUUGAGUCGAAAAACCCGACGAAAAAGGCCCGGUCGAAAAAAACGCGGCAAUUUAAUUAGAGAAUGCGCGCCAACUACAGGUGGAAAAAGGAUAGGUAUAUAUAUAUGUAUGUAUGUAUGUAUGUAUGUAUGUAUGUAUGUAUAUAUAUAUAUAUAUAUAUAUAUAGCGAAGAUUGUCGCAUGGAUUUUCAGGAUUAGACAUUAAUAAUUAAUUUCAUCCGUCACGUACGAUCGCGCGCGUGCUCGCGCGACCCUCUCCAUCCCCCCUCGUCUGCAUUUUUAUCGAUAAUUUAUUCGCGGGACGACAUAUGCUUUUCCUGCGUGUGCCAAACACUUGCGAAACAAAAACAGGAGUUUUCUCGAGCUUCGAAACGCUGAACGCGGCCGUCCUUCGAUAAGCAUCAAUCACCGAAUCUCACAUACGUAUACACACAUACACACAUAUACACUCGUCUCUGAAUUUCAAUAAAAAUUGUAGUACACAUAUGCGCGUUUAACACGUACUUUUUCCCAGACGUUUUUCACGUUUAUAUUCGAUGAAUUGUAUUAAUCGCGUUAUCGCUCUGUAUUUGCUCGGCGGGAAUCACGGAUGGAAAUCGGGGUGUCGCGCGGAGUUAUUACGCUGAACGUGAUUGCGUGGUUUCUUCUCACUGGUGUUACGUGCUUAUGGAAUUAUUUCUAGACUAAUCUUGUACUACAUACUUACUUUUCGGGAUUCUCACGAAACACGCCGUUACAUGUGCCGUCGUAAUUUUGAUAGCAACAAGCAUCCAUUCGGCGUUUCCGGGAGAGACGUAUUUUCGCGUAAAAUCGAUGUCGAACAUGACAUCGUCGAGUUACUUUCAUUAAUUUAGUUAUCACUCUGACGUAGAUUUAGGUAUGACGUCAGAGACAUAGAGAGAGAAAGAGAAAGAGAGAAUGACGACGCGGUGCGCCGCGACGCAGUCGAUCGUCCUGUGAGCUCUAGCUUGUAAUUGAUCAAUAAAUCGUUAAUAUAAGUUAAGAGUGCAAUUAAGAAUAAAACAACAAAAAAAUUGAAUAGAGACUUUUAUCGGUGUUGUGAUUCAUAGUGCGGGUAUGUUUUGUCCGUGCGUGUGUGUUUUGUCUGUGCGUGUAUGCGUGCGGAAUUUGCGCGCCGAGAUAGAAUCUCGCGAAUUUCAGCUAUUCCCCCGCGUGAUUGCUAAUUUUUCUCGCCUGCCUUUACCGUGAUUAUUAAAGGUUCAUUUUAAUCAAUAGAGUCACACGUUAAUUAAUAGCUGUCCCUCAAAAGAUUCACGAUUUUCAAUCGUUUCGUCGUGACACUUGGAAACGUACGUUUCGUUUAAAGAAAAAGGAUCUAUUAUUUUAUCUAUUUCUUUUUAUAAGUGUUUUAUACGUGAGUGAAAUUUUAAUUUCUGCAGGCUCGCAUUUUUAUAUUUUGACAAAUGCAAUCAUUUGUACCAUAAACUCCACAAUUGGCGUGUAGCCCGAUGGAAUAAAAAGGAAAUAAAAUUCAUUCCUAUCGGGAGACGCACGAGAUGGAGUUUGCUGCUCAAAUAGGAAUGUAAUUUUAUUUCGAGUUGAAAUCGAAUGAAAUCUUGCAGAUUCGCGACAUUACUUCGUCGGCGCGCAACGAGAGAGUGAGAGAGAGGGAGAGAGAGAGAGAGAGAGGGGGGAGAGAAGAGAGAAAAAGGAAAAACAAACAAAAAGAAUUGUGCAAAUGAGCAGCGAAUAGCAUGACUGCGACAACGGUGCUGUAAACGUGUGUAAUAACAGCGGCAACGGCAACAACAGCAAGAGCAAUGGGAAUCGUGGAAACGACAACACGGCAAGCGAAACGAAGAGGAGGAUGAUGACAAUUGAGUCUUUCAAUUUACUACCGUACUGCCAAUUUUUUCCGAAACGACAUAAUAACUUUAAUAAGAACAUUUAGGGCGAAGUGUGUGAGAAAAGCCUGCGCGUUCUUCAAGAGUUUUCCAUUUCGUUUUCUUUCGCCGCUCCAAAGCCUUCGCGACCUCGCACGACAGGUGCAGAGGGGAGGGAAAAGGGAAAUACACUUCCGAGGGGUUUUUAAUCCGCUCGUCCUUGAAGGCGAAGGAAGCGUCGCAGGGUGCGAAGCGUGCGAGCCAAUUCGCGUCGCCCGUGCUGGAAAGACUUUGAAACGAUAAAUAUGCAGAUCUCGAUGUUAAAGGUGCGCACACAUUAGCGUUAAUCUCGCAAAAUCGUUCGUUAAAACGAGCAGCCGCGGGGAUGCCGCGAUAUUGGCUUCGUAAUUACGUUUCGAAAUCUGAAACCGCUUUAUUUACGGGAUUUUCGAAAAUACACGUUUUAUGACAUCAAUCGUUGCAUGUAAUACGCGAGUGUAAAUCGUUUAAAUUCGCCUUUCGAGGGUGAAUAUACGAACCGUGCGCUCUUAAUCUCAACGAUAUAUUUUAUACGCAGAGCGCAGAUAUACGCGAGAUUUAUGAAACGACUGCACGUUGAUUAAACCAAAGUUUCAAUUCGAAGCUCCGCCGCGCCGAGCGACGCGAAUUCGGAAUGACUAGAGUCACAUCUCUUCCGCACGAUCAGUAAUAUUACAAACACCGGUAGUAUGUCGUCGGUUCUAACAUUCUGUCGUUGCAAGUCGCCGCUUCUCGCACGACCGCGCGGCCCGAUGAUGUUAUUUAGUCCUUCAAGAUUCGCAGACUUUUCCGAGAGACGGCGGAGAGAAGUCGAAUCAUUUUCGCUUGAUAACGGGGGAAUAAAUCGGCGACCAAUCGUCGCGCUAACAACGUGGCAAGUGAGACGAAUAAGAGCUGGGAAUUGCAGAUGCAUCGCGCAUGACUCACGGAGUGAUCGCCGAAGACGGAGAAAAAGAAGUCGGAUGACGCGUGCGGAAGACCGAAAUUCCCGGCUUCGGCGAUUACCGAUCGUGCGAUGAAGCGGCUAAUGCAGAAUCCCCGGCGUCAUUCGACGAUAACCGAGGGGGAAAAGACAAAUGGAGUGUCAGUUGACAAAGCGACGAUAAUCCGUUCGUACCUUCGGCAUUGAUUCCUCAUCGUGCGAACGCGCGAUUUUCCACCCUUGUUUCUCCUUCCUAUUCCUUUUUUUUUCUUUUUAUUUUUGUUUCCAACCAGGACGCCGUCCACAGACCUGUCGAGUGUCGACGACAAUUGCCCGCAGUUGCGUUGACGCUCGACGCAAUCACGUUUCACUGUUACAAUCGAGCGAUCGUGUUUCCAAAAAAAGAAGUCGUACGAUCGAGAAAUUCCUCGGGCGAAAGCGCGGGAAGCGCGAAAAGCGCUCGGACUAAUUGUCCGACGGCAGUAUCGCACCGAAGAAGAUUUUUCGCGAUACCCUGACGAUAAUGCGCGUACGAUACUGUGCGACAUUGCACCGGAGGGGAAUUAUUGAACGACACGCGACAUCCGAUUGUAUCUCAGGUGUUAAGGUACUUUUUAUAUACGUGUAACCUGCGUUAAAAUAAUGUUCAACCGCCGCUAAUGGCUCGUCACGUCUCGAUUGAUACGCCAUUUAGGAUUAAAUGCUUCGUCGCUUUACAAUCGGUUUCCCUUUUUUUUCUUUUGUAAUCACACCGUUGGAACGGGACACAAUUGGGCAUGUUUUGGAGCCCGAUCGCUCGUUCACGAUUGAGGGGCCAGGUGAAUAGAGUCGUUAACUCUUCCAAAUAUUUACGCAUUGUUGAUCUUUCAGUCAGAUUGAAACUUAUAACGUAUCUGGUAAUGCGAUAUAAAAAUUCUCUCUUUUUCUCCGAAUGAAACGGUUAUUUUAAAUCGAUAAUUUUGAGCUUCUUUCUCUGGAUUUGCGAAAUAAUUUUCAACAGUGUUUCAGUAUAUUUAGAAAUUAACUUAUAAAUAACAUUUCAAAGAUAAAUGUGGCACAAUGCGACUUCUCUGUAAAUCACCAGAAUGCCGUGAAAUAAGAUUUUAAGAGUCUCACGUAGCCAAAAUACGAGCGUAUCAGAUCGCACGUUAAAAUCUUCAAUGCUAUUCUCGGAUAACGUGAAAUCGGAAAAAUUACGUACGAACGAUACAGAGGAUUUUUUCGUAAAUGUACGAACUUCUCUGAAAGCCAAUUGAACAGACGUUAAACCGAUACUCAACGCGCGAUAAUAAUGAUUCAACGACUCGGCUCCUGCGGAAAAUGUAAUGCGUCCUCUUUGUUCACUCGGUCCUUCGAUCGUUGGCUCGCAUAACUCGCGCACGUCGAAGACGAGAAGCGAACGCCUAGGCAUGUAUGUAUAUAUAUAUAUAUAUAUAUAUAUAUAUGUACACAUAUAUAUGUAUAUUCCUAAGUCAAACUAAUUAAAUCGGGAGAUUAUAGGACUCGUCCGGUCGCCGACACGCGACGAAAUGAAUGAAAGCGCGCAGCGUUUCUACGGAGUGCAGCUGAAAGUUACUUCAGUACCGUAUUAUCAAUACCAUAAUUAGAGAUGUGUGCGAAUAUAAUGAAGCAGCAUGGAGCGACGCGUCCGCAUCCAACGCUGGACGCUUUAGAAUCAGAAUGGCCGAAGAACGGUGGACGCUCGUGCCGUCUUGGCGGGUGAAAAUUCAAGC